GUCAAUUCAGUCUCAGGUGCAGCAUUAGGUCUCUCACCAAAAGCAGAAGAAAUGGGCGCAAUAGCCACCCCCAAAUCUCUCAAUUUUUGCUCAUCACAAGAGCCCCUUUCAUCUCUCUCGUUAACAAUAUCGAAAACCCUAAACCCCAAUGUCAAUUUCUCAAAGACCUCGUUAGCCCCCCCUUCUCGUCGUCCUCAUCUUGCCGUAAGAGCUUCUUCAACCUCCCCCACCGCUCUCAAUGACCCGCCUAAUCCCACACUUAGCAAUUACGAUCAUCAACUUCGAGUCAAAAUCCUCUCUGAAUCACUUCCAUACAUCCAGAAAUUUAGGGGAAAGACCAUUGUCGUCAAAUACGGCGGCGCCGCCAUGAAAUCUGCCGAGCUCAAGGCCUCCGUUGUUAGGGAUCUCGUCCUUCUCGCAUGCGUUGGCCUCCGUCCCGUCCUCGUCCACGGUGGUGGUCCUGAGAUCAACGUUCUGCUCAAUCAGCUCAGCAUUCCCUCUCAGUUCCGCGAUGGGCUCCGUGUGACCGACGCCCGGACCAUGGAAGUUGUUUCCAUGGUCCUUGUUGGAAAAGUUAACAAAGACCUUGUCUCCCGUAUCAACUUCUCUGGAGCCACCGCCGUCGGCCUUUCUGGUAUGGACGGCCGUCUUUUAACUGCCCGGCCCAGCCCAAAUGCUGCACAGUUGGGGUUUGUCGGAGAAGUUGCGAGAGUGGACCCUACAGUCCUCCAAACGCUCGUGGCUAACGGAAGCAUCCCGGUGAUUGCUUCAGUGGCGGCGGAUGAGUACGGGCAGCCUUACAACAUCAAUGCAGACACUGUUGCUGGAGAGGUGGCCGCGGCAUUGGGAGCAGAGAAACUGAUCCUGUUGACCGACGUUGCAGGGAUUCUGAGAGACCGCGAGGACCCUGGAAGCUUGGUGAAAGAAAUUGAUAUAAAAGGAGUGAAGAAAAUGAUUGAGGAAGGGAAGGUGGGCGGUGGAAUGAUUCCGAAAGUGAAUUGUUGCAUUCGAUCCCUUGCUCAAGGAGUCACCACUGCUAGCAUUAUAGAUGGUCGUGUCGAGCACUCCUUACUUCAUGAGAUUAUGACCGAUGAGGGCGCUGGAACUAUGAUCACCGGUUAAACAUUGGCAUACUCUUUUCUUUUUUGUUAGUUUUAAUGUUGUAAGUCACCUAUUUAUUGCGGUUAUGAAUGCAUCGCUACAAAUUUCAAUGCCUUUUUUGCAUUA